GGUCAAGGAUGACUUGUCAUCACAGUGUGGACAAUGCGGGUGGCUAUAAAGCCGAGCCAAGUGCACAUCGCAGACAGAAAUACAGACACACAGAGACAGAGAGGAUGAGACUUAGACAAUAUACUGGCAUCUCAGCAGCUGCAUGGUUUACAGUAGCUAGUGUAGUCUGUCAUUAGCUUUAAUAGCACUGUACGGUUCAUUGUUACUUUUUUAUAUCAUUGUUUUCGUGACUAUUUUCUACAAGGAUGCAUCCAUUUCAAGUGGACCUGCAGCACGGACGUCAGUGCCCCGUCUCUGGCCAUAGGCCUCCUCAUCUCUCUCCACCACCUCCCACUAUCCUCUUCAACAUUCUCAGCCAGAAACAGCAUAACAACAACAACGGCAGCAGCAGCCACAACAGGAACUUCUCAACAUCAUCUGAAGACUCCAGACAAAGCUGGUGCCACCACCGCUCACAAAGGCACCGCUUGCAACAACAACAACAGCUGCAACAGCAACUCAGCAACUGCCACUGUGAGCAGCAGCACCUGCAGACGGCGUGCCGCCUGAAGGACCCCGAGGUGGUGUGCCAGGCCGCCUGUACCGUGCUGGUCAAAACCAUCUGCUUCACCACCAGCCUGCCGGCCUUCUGCCAGCUGCCCCAGCGCGACCAGCUGGCCUUGCUUCAUAACGCCUGGGUGCCCCUCUUCAUUUUGGGGCUCGCUCAGGAGCACACAGAGUUCGAGGUGACCGAGACACGGCCGUCGCCACCAUCGUCGGCCAACAGCAUCCUGAAACGAAUUCUGCUGAGCAAUGACGACGGCACAGAGCGAGGACAAGGGGGAACAGGAGGAGGGCUGGAGCGGGAGACGUCGAUUCCAACGCUGGCCAAGGUUCACAGGCUUAAAGCCUCCAUUCAGAGACUCAGGAGCCUGGAUUUGAGUCCGAAAGAGUAUGCUUACAUCAAGGGGGCUCUGCUCUUCAAUCCAGAUGUUCCUGGACUUCAAGUCCCAGAGUUCAUAGAGGGCCUGCAGCAGGAAGCGCACAGGGUUCUUCAGGAGGUGGUGGUGACCCUUCACCCCCAGGACCAGGGCAGGCUGACGCGGAUCCUCCUGACCGCCUCCUUCCUGCAGACCAUUCCUCAAAGCCUUAUCAGCGAACUCUUUUUCAGGCCAGUGGUGGGUCAGGCUGACCUGUUCCAGCUGAUGACGGACAUACUACUCUCACCUGGUGCAGUUCCCAGAGACUCAGUAGCUGCUGCAAAUGAGAGCAAAUGGGCAAAGCAGCACUGUCAAAGAUGAGCUGGUGCAAUAGUUGAGAGGUGAUGAGAAUUGUGGACAAUUGUGUGAAUGCGUUCCUGUGUGUGAAUGAGAUAUUGUUACUUAAGUUUUUUUUUACAACAGAUAUUUUUCAUAAAAACAAAUAAAGCCAAACAAAU